CAUCUGUCCCGAGCGAGAGAGUGCGGACUCGAGAGGCGUGCGCUUCGAGCUCCGAGUUGGUGCGACCCGCCCUUUUCUUCGCGAGGCUGGCCACGGUCUUAGUCCAUCUUGGUGGUGAUCCCUCUCCCUCGUUCUUGAUUCCGGGCCGUGACCAGGUUUGGGAUCAUGAAUGGUGCAAGAAACUGCAUCUCCGAUUAUCUUCUCUAAUGAGUAGGUAGUGCGGAAUCGCGGGGAAAUUUUGGGCGCAGAUUCGAAGGCGGGGGAGCCUUUGAGAAGAGUCAGCGGUGGAUGGAGUAGAGAGGCGAGGUGGCAGAGGGAUUUCUCUGCAGGGACGACGAGCUCUGGAUCAGCUGCUCAGCUGGAACAGGGCAGAUUGUGUGGGGAGGUCGGAGAAGCUUUGUUUCCUAAAACAGGGUAUGAAAGGAGCAAGCAGCAGCAUAGACUGGGAAGCCUUGGAGUCAAGGAGAGUAGGCGGCGAUGGCUAAGGAGGCUGGGGCACGAAAGAACGAGCACGAAGGAGGAGUAUAGCAGGAGUAGCAGUAGAUUCACCCCUCAGGCCAUUUUGCAAUGGAACCGCAGGCCGGUUUAUUCAGGAGUGCCUCCACGGGUCGUCGUGAUCACUUCUGGAAAGGGAGGGGUGGGAAAGACUACCACGACGGCCAACCUGGGAAUGUGCUUGGCUCGUUUGAACUUCAAAGUUGUGGCCAUAGACGCAGAUGUGGGUUUGAGGAAUCUGGACUUGCUUCUUGGUUUGGAGAAUAGGGUAAACUACACAGCUAUGGAAGUUUUGAAUGGAGAGUGUCGUCUUGAUCAGGCUCUCAUCAGGGACAAGAGAUGGACUAAUUUCGAGCUUUUGUGCAUCAACAAACCACGAUACAAAAUGCCCCUUGGUUUUGGAGGGAAAGCUCUGACCUGGCUGGUGGAUGCGCUAAAAAAGAGACCCGAGGGUUCCCCUGAUUUUAUCCUCAUCGAUUGCCCCGCCGGAAUCGAUGCAGGGUUUAUCACUGCGAUCACUCCUGCCAACGAGGCCGUCCUAGUAACCACGCCGGAUAUUACCAGUCUCCGUGACGCUGAUCGGGUGACGGGUCUGUUAGAAUGCGAUGGUAUUAAGGAUAUCAAAAUGGUGGUGAAUAGGGUCCGGAGUGAUAUGAUCAAGGGAGAGGACAUGAUGUCCGUGCUUGAUGUGCAGGAAAUGUUGGGGCUUCCCCUUCUCGGGGUUAUACCUGAAGAUUCUGAGGUUAUCAAGAGCACAAACCGGGGCUAUCCCCUUGUACUGAAGAAGCCUCCUACAUUGGCUGGGUUGGCUUUAGAGCAAGCAGCUUGGAGACUUGUCGAGCAGGACAGCAUGAAAGCGGUGCUGAUAGAAGAGGCACCUGCGAAGAGAAGCUUUUUGCCCUUUAUGGGGGGUUGAGAAAGCUGGCCGAACUCUGCUAGGGUUCAUCAUGCAGAUUCAACGUACCAGCUUCCCGAAUGCAUGUGUAGGGUUUUCGCGUAAAAAAAUUACAGUAUAUUUUUUUAUUUUUGAAUGGAGGCUUUCUGUUAUAAAUGUAUCAAGAGAUCUUAAACUGAGUAUCUUAAAUAAUCAUGCAGUGUGUUUUCUUUGGUGAAUUCUCGACCUGGUCCGG